CUCCGUUCUGAUUGGAACGUUUUUUGUUGAGCGUGACCUAGCGACAUGGUAUUAUAACAACAAUCUGACAUAUUCCCCAGAUUCAAUCUUAUUUCAUUCUUAUUUCCUCCUUCCAGCUGGUUCUAUUUGGUACUGGGAAUCGAACAUGGAGUCUUUCAAAGUUAUUGUCGUUGGUGCUGGGCCAGUUGGUAUGGUCCUGGCUCACGCGCUGCAGGUCUCUGGCAUCGACUACGUGCUUGUUGAACAGCGCUCCCAAAUUCCUCCUGAUCCUGCUUAUGGUUUAUUCUUAUGGCCUCAUAUUAUGCGGAUAUUCCACCAACUAGGCCUUCUCGAAGCUGUGGAAGCUGUCGCGCAGCCUAUGGUCGAAGCGGUUCACAGAUCAAUUGACGGCGGUGUUAUUCAUCGCUCAAGAGGGUUUGAAGAACUCGGCACAUUGUUCGGAUACCCUAUGGGUAUCUUUAACAGAGCUGAUUUCGCCUCGGCGUUGAUGAGCAAGCUUGAAAACAAGGAUCAACACGUCAAGACAAAUAAGCGGCUCACUAAUAUCAUAAACCGUGACAACGGCGUAACAGUCGAGUUUGCAGACGGAACUAUAGAAGACGGAUCAAUCGUCAUCGGCUGCGACGGCGUCUGGAGCAGUGUCCGCGAUCAGAUGAAAGCAAAAGCACCAAAAGGCCUCUUCGACGAAAACCCCAAUCCAUUUCAAGCACCCCACGCAGGCGUAUUUGCCAAAGCUCUCUGCCCCAAAGAACUAGAGCGUGGUAGAAACAUCAACGUUUACCAAGAUGGCUCUCACGUUCAGGUAUUUACUGGUCUGGAAGAGGCGCAGAUCAUUGUGUAUCAUCGCAUUCCUACUGCGAGAACAAAAACCUUCUUCGGGCAGAAUGAUGCUGAAGAGGCGGCGAAGCCUUGGAUGAAUGUUCCGAUCGGAGAGGGAAUUACGUUUGGGGAUUUAUGGAGGAAUAAGAUCGCUGGGGGUAGUGCGAACUUUGAUGAGGGUGUUUUGCAGUGGUGGCAUUGGGGACGCAUGGUUCUUGUCGGCGAUGCUGCUCACAAGAUGAACCCCAUUAGAGGUGCAGGAGCAUGCUGCGGCAUCGAAGACGCUAUCGCUUUAGUAAAUGGCCUUAGCUGGUUGCUUCACUCCCGCCCUAACCCAUCAGACCGCGAUAUUCGUCAGGCCUUCGUGACAUAUCAGUAUGAGCGAGAGGCUGCUGCAAAGUUAUGGAAUGAUAUCUCUGCACUCAACCUGGAGCUCUGCAUCGGCGCUAAUCAGCCCGCACUGAAAGCGCAAGGCAUUGCUGAUUACAGAACUAUUCCCUUGGUUGCUGACGGACCGAUUCUGCAAAAUAUUCCGUUCCCUGAUGAGAAGACGGGUUUUGUGCCGUGGACUAGGAAGACUCGCAAGUCUAAUGAUAAGGCAAAAGCACGUCUUUGA